AUGGAGUCAAGCAAUCGGACGAAUUCAAUGCAUUCUAAAAUCUCGCGGGUUUUUCGGCUGAUGCAAGAACUCUCAAUUUCGCCGAAGGACUUCCUCGUUGCAUUUCUCCAGGAUGAGGACAUUGAAUUUGCGGUACAUCGAAGAUAUUGGGCUGCUGAAAAGAAAGGGUGGAAGUCGACCGUGGACGUUAUACAUGCUAUCCGAGAUGUUGUCAUCAAAAAGGAAGUCGGAAAACAGUUGUGGUCGGAUUUGAUCCUGUCCGAGGCAUCUUUGAUUGUUUCUCAUCAGAAACCGCCAGCUCGUUCGCAUAGAUUCUAUAGCGCUGCAGAUAUACAACCUCAACUUCUCACUGACGAGACAGCCAGGGAUAUUCGCGAAAACGACAUGGUGAAUCGCGACAUGCCAUUCCUGUAUCAGCUUAUCAGUCAUAAGCUUAGCAAAACUGUGGCGUUACCGAUUCAAUCUGAUGGAGGAAAACCAGAUGAGCCGGACUUGGAAAAUGAUAGUGAUUCAGAAAAUGAAGAAGCUGGCGACUCCGAUGAUGAGCUGUUUGAUGGUGAAAUAAAAAAGAUCAAAAGCUUGAAGGGUCGUAUGGCUGCUCGAAAAGAUAGAAUUCAUACUACCUCUAAAUGUAUCUGUUCAAUGAUUUCAUUUGUACACAACCGACGAAACAACUCCAGACAGCUUGAAAACUCAUUGACAUUCUUGGCUUGUGGCGUUAGCAACCGAGUCAAUCGAUUUCUGAACUACAUUGGUCUUGUGUCCUCAAGUAAAACAGCCAACAGAGCAUUGGUCGCACUUGGUCUUCACGCCAAGGAUAAAAUCACCGAGAAGCUUUCAAUCAAAAAUGGACAGCCGAUUGCCCCCUUCUUGUGUGUCGAUAACCUGGACUUCGAGCAGCGUAUACAUUCACAAUCUCAGGGCAAUAACAGCCAGAUGUUCCAUGGAACAUGGGGCUAUCUUCACCAGGUCGAUCCGACUCUUCUUUCUUCAAUCUUGCCGUCGGACCUUACUCUAGAGACCUACGUAUCAGCAAUGGAAAAAGUUCCAUCCGUUCAAGUGUUUCCAAAAAUGCUAAUUUCAUCCUCCAAAGAAGAAAAGCAUUGGUCACUUGUACUGAAGAGCCAGGUGGCAAAGGUUCUACUUGAACAUAUCGCAAAGCCUUCCGACAACAAUACAAAAAUCAGUAUCAAUCCACCUGAAAUCGAUCAGGUCUCUCACAAGCCUCCUGAUAUAACGAUGCUUAAGCUUAUGGUUGCCUCUGAUAACUCAGCGCAAGGAGUUGGUGAAGUCUGCACCGGAAUAAUUCAACAGUGUGAUUUAGAAAUAGAUGAUUUUUUCAGUCGGUUACAAGUCAUUGAUGGCGAUCUAGCAACAUGCUCAAAUAUUCAAAGUCUCCGAACCCAACGAAUUCCUAGCAAGCACAAUCAAGAUACAAUUACGAAUUUGCUCACUUUACUCGGCGGUUCACACACAAUGUGGAAUGUUGGGCUAGCGAUCUUUGAAUUGCAUUAUGGAAACGCCUCAGACUCACGCGACUGCGGUGCAUGGCGAUGGCUUGAUUCACUAGGGAUUCCUUCAAAAAAAACUCUAGACAAAAAAGACUUCACAAAAAUGAUUCAGAAUAUGGAAAAAAUCCAUGAAGCAACACUGGUUUACUGUGUCAUAGCCUUCCAAUGCACAAGCAAAGUACAAGGCAUCUCAGUCGGAUUCACCAAAGCUUUCCAAUCUUCUAUUGCGACUCUGUGA